AUGGGCCCUGAUCCAUUCUACAAGACCAAUCCUUCUGAUAGCUACGAUGACCCUCAAGAGGAAGAGUACCACGACUAUCUCAGAGACGCAAGCGCAUGGCUAGAAGACUACCGCGGGCGUGAAGAAUUUCUAGCUUAUGUACCAAGGCUAAAAGGCAAAUUCAAAUUUGCCACGGCGUCAGAAUGCGAAACCUUCGAGGCAGCGGACCGCAGCCUCUCGAACAUCCUCGCCCGACUUCCAGCCGAAGUCGACGAACGCAUUAUGAUCCAAGAAGGCCCGCAUUGCCGUGCGUUCUUCCAGAGUAUACGGGAUCGUUUACCAAAGGAGCUUCGUGAGAUGGUUUUCGAAAACAUCUUUCAGGGCACAUAUGUCUUGUUGAAAGCGGAUGAUGCCGAAGCCGAGAACUCCGACGCCAAUAACUCCGACGACACGCCACCCUGUGUGAAGGCAGACAUCGGAAGGCAUUAUCCUUAUAGCUAUCUGCUUAAGCCAGGAUAUAUACACGACUCUGCGAUAAGAAAUGAGCUUAUUGAAGCAUGGUUCCGGACGUCAAACUUCAUCGUCACGGAUGCCGCACUCAUUCGCCCCUUCUUGGAAAAGUACCCAUGGAGCGCUGGCAUUGAUCCAGUGCAACUCAUCAGACGAGUCGAAUUGAAGGCAAAACCCCUAGAAGCCCCAUUAAUGCGCGAGGCCAUCUGCAAAGAUCUGGACUCUCUCAAAUGUCUCAACCCGGGCACAACCAUCACGAUUAUCGUGGAUUGGCCCCCUAGAUUGCCUUUUCUGCGGGAGAUCGAGAAUCGCGCAGCGUCUCUAUUCCCAGUGUCGCUGCGUAUGAGAAGUAUGGGAUACAAGAUGAUAAUUCAACCGUGGUGUUGCCGUAAGAUUGUGGUAGAACGAGGGAACCGUCGGGUGGAGGCAUGGUUGAGGGAGAAUGAGUGA